AUGAUGGCCUCCAGAGCUGUCCCCAGGGCCCGUCUCCCUCUCCUGCUCCGCCCGCCCACAGCCCGCCCUCUCUCCUUCCUCCAGCCACACACCCGCCGUCCCCGCCUCCCCCACCUCCUCCGCCGCCACGCCCCCCCGCAAACCACGCCCCUCCCCCGCCCAACACUCCACAACACCGGCCACCACCCCCGCCUCAUCUCCGCCAAAACACGCGAAUACCUCCUCCGCGAAUCCCUCAUCGCAGCACGCAUCGUCGUCGUCGGCUACACCGCAAUCUUCGUCACCACCGUCCUCGCCUUCACCGGCGCCCUCCUCUACGUCGAGAGCACAAGCCCAACAGCACCCUCCCUCCCCCGCACCGCCCGCUUCGGCAUCACCUUCGCCCGCGUGCUCCAGCGCUUCGCGCCGUCGCAGACAUGGCUCGCCAUCGAGGUCCUGCGCGACACGGUGCAGCGCAUGCCGCCCUGGGACGGCCAGAGCGCGCAGUGGUGCCGCGGGUACAUCUCGGCCAUGAAGCUCCUCGCCGAGCUCCUCGAAGAGGAAGAUCAACACGCCGAGGCGCGCGAGUGGUACCAGCGCAUCCUGGACACGCCGCGGGAGCGCGACGACGACGCGGAGUGGGCCGACCUGAAGGUUGCUGCUGCGCUGCGGGUUAGCAGGAUUGCGGCGUUUAUGGGCGAUAUGGAGGGUGCGGAGAGGGCGCUGGUGAGGGGGGUUGAGUGUACGGUGCCGCUGGGGGAGGAGGAUGGGGGGGUGUUUCCGGCGUCGUCGGUGGAGGGGUUGAAGGCGUCGACGGAGUUGGGGGUGUUUUAUGCGCGCUGUGAGAGGGAGCCGGAGGCGCUGGAGAUCUUUACGAGGGUGUUGGCGGCGAGGAGGAGGGUGCUGCCGCCGGUGGACCCGGCGGAUUCGAAGGCUGCGGAGGUGGUCAGUGAUCCGUGUGCGGAGGCGGUGACGAUGGCGUACAUUGGGGAGGUCAUGUUUUCCAUGGGGGACCGCCAGCAGGGGGUGGCGUGGAGUAAGGAAGCGUAUGAUCGGAGUGAGCCAUUGGCGCAGUUGCGAGGAAAGUGCAAGGAGUGUGCAUUGGUUGCGGCAAAGAACAUUUCUGCUAUGAUCAAGUUGAUGGAGGAGGGGCAGAAUGAACAGAAGGAGAAAAAGAGCAGCUGGAGAUUGUUUUCGGGGGCUAGUAAAGCGGAAGAGAAGGAGAACUUGGGAGAGUGGGAGAAUAGGGUGUUGAGGCUGGAAAGUAUUAGGGCCACGAAAGGGGCUUAG